AUGUCAACCCAAUACUUCCAAGAUUACAAUCAAAGUCAUCAAAAUGCACCUAGAAGUCCCGGAACAACUUUUCAUGCACCUUUAACUCAUUCCAUUCCGAGACUUAAGCCACACAAUGCAGCUUCUUGUUGUUCUUGUUGUGGUAUUACGUUUCGCAUGUUCCGUCAAAAAUACAAUUGUUAUAAUUGUGGUAAUGUAACUUGUGGACGAUGUUCUGAUAAUAGAGCUGAGUUACCAAAAUUUAGUUAUUUUGAGCCUGUGCGAGUUUGUAACUUAUGCUAUGAUUAUUUGAAAAUAAUGGAAAUGAAUCGUUCACAACUUAUCAGAUCACCAACCAAAAUAUUGCGAGAAUAUAUUUCAGCAUAUAAUCUUCCUUGUCAUAAUAUUAUUGAAAAAGACGAUUUGAUUAAUAUCAUUAUGGCGCAUAGACCAUUGGAAGAACGUUAUGAAGUUUAUUAUCGAGAUCAUUAUCCAAUUGCUCAAUCUGUCCAAACAUCUCAUGAAACUGCAUCUGAUAUACCACCAAGUGCCAAUUAUACUCGUACCGGAACUCAAUACAACGCUACUCCGAUCUCACUUAAAACUAUUAUUAGAGAAAAGGUGGAUAUAUCUAAAUUAUCUGUUAAAACUAUCAAAGAGAUCCUUAGAGAGAAUUGUAUUGAUUACUCCAAAAUGGUUGAAAAAUCCGAGUUAAUUGAGCGCAUGGAAAGUUUAAUUAAAUGGGAAAAGCACGAAAUGUCGCGUAAUGCAAAUGAACUUUCUGAUGAUGGGUUAUGCAGAAUUUGUUGUGAUGCAGAAUCUAACUGUUUACUUAUGGACUGUGGUAAAAUUGAAACUUUAGAUAUUAGUGUAUUGGAUAC